AUGUUAGCAAUUAAUGCAUCAUUCUAUUUGCAGAUGCCAGAAAAAUGUUGUGUUCCUGGUUGCAACAGCAACUACAAAUCCAGCAAUGAAGAGGGUUACAUCUCAGUGUUCAGAUUCCCUACUGAAGAGGAAAACAGAAAACGAUGGACAAGAAAUAUCCCCAGGAAGGUCUCGACUCCAUCAAAUGGAAGUGUUGUUCGCAUUAAACAUUUUGAAGAAAGUGACGAAUCAAGAGCGGAGAUUUACAAGGAUUCUGAUGGGAACUGUCACGAGUUUCCUCGUGAAAGGCCAGCUUUACCAGAAGCUGUGCCAAAAAUAUUCCCUGGGUUACCAUCGUAUUUAAUUAAGGUGCAGCCUCCAAGAAGGUGUUUGUCAUGUAUAUAG